ACUUAGAAGGAAAGCUGCGAGCUUGUUCGAGUAGGAAAUAGACUGAGCAAGAGCAAAAAUGGUGGAGAUCAAGGCGGUGGGAGUGGUGGGUAGCGGCCAAAUGGGCUCCGGCAUCGCUCAACUCGCCGCCGUCCAUGGCCUCAAGGUAUGGCUCCUCGACAGCGAUCCCGAAGCUCUGUCCAGAGCCAAAACCUUCAUCGCCGGCAACGUUCGCCGCAUGAUCUCCAAAGGCCAUAUCUCUCAGGCCAAUGGUGACAAUGCUCUCAGCCUUCUAAGCUACACAACAAAUCUGGAAGACUUUCAGGAUGCAGAUAUAGUUAUCGAGGCCAUCGUGGAAUCCGAAGACGUGAAGAAGAACUUGUUCCGGCAACUGGACCGGAUCGUCAAACCUUCUGGCAUCUUGGCUUCAAACACGAGCUCCAUAUCCAUCACUCGGAUUGCAUCUGCAACUAGCAGACCUCCCCAGGUGAUUGGAAUGCACUUUAUGAAUCCUCCUCCUAUAAUGAAGCUAGUUGAGAUAGUGCGGGGGGCAGACACAUCGGAUGAGACGUUUCUUGCAACCAAGGCCUUGGCAGAAAGAUUCAAGAAGACGGUGAUCUGCUCCCAGGACUUUGCAGGCUUCAUAGUGAACAGAAUCCUGAUGCCGAUGAUCAACGAAGCAUUCCACACUCUCUACACAGGAGUGGCGACGAAGGAGGACAUUGACGCAGGGAUGAAGCUAGGGACGAAUCAUCCAAUGGGCCCACUGGAGCUUGCUGACUUCAUCGGACUAGACGUCUGCCUGUCGAUCAUGAAGGUUCUUCACACCGGGUUAGGCGACACCAAGUACCUCCCUUGCCCUCUUCUCGUGCAGUACGUCGAUGCAGGAAGGCUCGGUCGAAAGCGUGGGGUCGGAGUCUACUACUAUCGCGAUGCUGCUAAACAAGCACAACCGUCUGCACGGCUUUGAACUGAUCGAACUCUGGCAUGUUGGAGGGAAGAGAGAAGCGUUUCCUAAAUAAGAGACAAUGAUGGAGCUGCUUCUCCAUCAUCGUGUGAAGACUUGUUAGAAAUCAUAAUGUAGGCCAUUAAUAAAGGGUAGCGUUUGCGUUAGAAAGGUUUAGAAUCUAUCCCUGAACAUGGGUGAGAGCCAGGACAAUUGUUUAUCGUUACUAGUUACUCUUUUGCUUACGUUAGUAAGGUCUUGAGACAGAUUUGGGAUUUGCUAAUGCAACCAAAGCUCAAAUUCUUCCUUUGGCAAAUGUUAAAUCGAAUAUUACCGUUGCCAUCCAAUUCCAUCUGUCACACCCACCUGCCUAUAGUCCAAUGCAAUUCACGUUUCUUCCUUCCAUGUUUUGCUUUUUUUUCUUUUUCCUUCAAUUGCUGGGGCCGCUGCUUCACAUGCAGGAGGGACGAACACCUUUUUCAGUGUUGGAGCAUUGAGAAAUUGGAGCUUUAGACUCUGGAGAGAAGGAACGUUGAAGGUUAGGGGUUUGGUCUCUGCUGGGUUGCUUUGAGAAAUGAGUAAAAUGAAGAGAACUACUGAUU